AUGUUGAUUGGUGACCCUGGUGUGGGCAAGACAUCAGUCCGUAGACGAUAUCUCAACAAGCAAUCCCCCACGGAACCAGUCCGAGCAUGGCAGCACCAAUUUAUGGGAAUCCCUUUUGACCUACAUUCGUCGCCUAUCCUUCCCAACGGACAGCUCAAGCGCCGACCGUUGAUAGGAAUCGGCGACGGGCGAAACGGCACUUCAAAAAUGGUAAAUAUGCAAGUCAGCUUUGAAAUAGUGUCCAGUUGGCCAGCAUCUUCAAGGCUCAUGGCAGAUCUAAGGGAGGAACAGACCCGAGAUUCACUUACCUUCGUUACGGCAGAAGAGGCACAAAAAGCAGCGCUUCAAAUCGGGGCCAUUGACGUACUCGAAUGCACCGCAAUGCAGAGUGAUUCCGUCAAGAAGGUCUGUGAUACUUUCUUUUGGUAUGGUUAUUACUCGCAUUCCAUCAGGGAACAGGGUGUUUCCCCAUCCGAGGACUGGAUACAACGUCUACUGGGUCGAGUCUCGGGGUCCAAGACUAUCAAGAGAGCCAAUUACAGAGACGUGAAUGUCCAUGGAGCCACUUCGACUCGCUGCUUCCUAUCGCCCGCCUGA